AUGAAGGAGGAGGGCCUUGGCACUGAGCAAAAUGCUUGGACACCGAACGGCAAAGCUCAAAAGGUCAGUGGCCUUGGGAAAAUCGAAGGGGAACUUAAUGAGCAGAAUAAGCAACUGGGCAAGCAAACCAAAAUUAUUGGAGAUAACAUGACCAUACUCGUAAGAAAAAUUAAGUUGGAACUUGCAAAGAUCGGAUACAAGUUGGAAAACCUAAACACCGAGGAGGACGUUAUGGACAAUUUAAAAAAGCUAAAAGAAAAGAUUGGCCAAGGUAAAGCAGAAAAUGGAAAUCUUCACGGAAUUCAUAAUGCAAUUAAACACCUUCACGACGAUCCGUUUGUUAAUAAAUCCACAGCCAUCGGAGAUGCCAAGCAACAAAUUGUAGAUGAACUUGGGAAGCUUCGAAAUGACUUGCAAGGCACCCAAGGUGAAGAUGUCAUUACCACUUUGCAAGAUUUGCAGAACACUGGGCUAAGUGGAAACAAGUGGGAUAAAAAUGAGCAUGGAAAUAAUAAAAGCCUCAAAAGCAUCGAAGAUGCCCUUAACACUCAACAAACUACGUUGUCCUCUCAGCCCGGAAUAAUCAAUGAAGGCGCCCAGUCAAUCACCAAUGAGCUUAACAGGCUUAGAGUGACGUUGAACGAUGACGUCACCGAGAAGCUCAAGAAGCUGAAAGACAGUGGCCUUACUGACGGUAAUGAAAAAUGGAAUGACAAUGGUUUUGAAAAAGGCCUCACUAAAAUCACCACGGACAUCGAAGCCAUAAAGGACAGGGACGUUAAGGACGUGAAGGACAAACUCAAGGAGCUGUGCACAGAAAUUCGUACCUUAGCGAGGGAGGCAAAAAGGGACUUGGAACAUGUGAAAAAAGACAGGCUGGAGUAUGAGUUGACUGGGAUAAAAGAGAAUCUCCGUAAGCUCCAGAUCCGUCUGGUGAGUGGGCCAAUGCAGGCCUGCAAGGAGUUCAUUAACAAGGACGCCGACAAGUUCGGAAGGGAGUGCAUUGCGUUCCUCACAGCGUUCGUCGACGGCCAAGUGGACACCGCAAUCGAGGACCUAACAGCCUUCGCCAAGCAGCAGUAUGUCUCCAACAUCAAGGAGGCGCUGGAGGCCUUUGCUUCCAAGGUCCGCGAGGAGCUUCAGGAGUUGCCGAAUGAAAUUAGCAGAGAUCUCUACUUGGGCUACAAGGGGUUAAUAAAAUACAUGUAUGGCCCUUUGAGUUCCGAUUUCACGGGCCGUGAAGAGAGCGUUCCACAAUUAUCCUCUGCGUUCCGGGAGCUUUAUGAGCAAGUACAGACGUAUCUCCUGGGGGAGAUAGGAAGAGAGGCCGACGAGCAAAACAGGAAGAAAAAUCCUUCGCUCCCGCCGUCCGAGGAGCCGUACAACAGUAAGCUCAACGAGGUGUACGACGCGCUGACCAAGUUGCUCACUUACCUCAAGGACAACGAUACCUUCGACCACAGACUCCAAGCGCUGCUCCGCAGCCUCACCGAGGCGCUGAGUCACCUGCGACCUGAGAGCUUCGCCAGGCCCUCUACCCCCGUGCUGGACGGCCUGGUGGAGGGGCUCACAAAGUUCGCCGCCGAGUUCACAUGUGCGUAUGUCUCCACCUACUCGGGCGCACAGUUCACCGACGGUCAAGGUGAGAAGUACGCGAAAGUCUUCCUCACCCUGCUGCCCACACUGUGCGACGCCUUCAACAGGCUGUGGGAGCAGUGCGGCAAAGGCGGUGCUGCAGGCUGGAGGGAUCUGAGCAUUAAUUCAACCAGUAAACUCGGCACGUUCCUCCAGCGCUGCGGCUACAAGGUCUCCAGCUCUUCCAUCCUUCAGGACGGCGAGCUGCGCGACGAGUGCAACGGCCGCGACGUGUAUGUCCUGGUCAGCCAGAACAUUGAGGAGACAGAGAACAACGAACACCUCAAAAAAUGCCUGUCCCUCACACACGCCUGUAAUCUCUUACAGCAGCUCGAAUGCCUCUGCACGCACCUCCACCAGUACUACAGGACGUGCCACCUCAAGGUGCAUCCCUCACCCCGGCCGCCGUGUUCCAUCUACGAGAUGCUCACAUGGUGCUGCGGGCUCCCGCACAACGCCGUGUACCUGAGCGUCACUCAUGAUGCCCUGCCGUCGCUGUUCGAGGCGGAGGAGCCGGACGCCGGGGAAUCCGAAGUGUCCCUCACUGACCUCGGCAGCCUGGCGCUUAAGGCCCACCCGCAGAGCAUAACACCGGCGUCCCUCACCGACGCACUCACAGAGGUGUGCCAUAAAUCGCAUACUGUGCUCACCACGUUACUAGGCUUCGGCCAUGCCGGAGGCAUCUACGCCGUAGACUUCAACACCAACCCGGGAGGCCUCCUCUACCCCGGCGACGCCGACGCUUUGCUCUGCCUGCUGUUCGACGUCAUCAAACGCCUCCACCACCAGCUCUAUUUCCUCUACCGCCGGUGCACCUACAACACCCGGCACGGCGGAUGGCGCGACUGCUGGUACGGCCGCGGCGUCGGUGGCUCCAGUUGGAAGUGCAACACCAUGCAGUGUGCCAACCAGCAGUGCCCUCAUGAGGCCAGCCAAACAGGCGACCAAAUAUGUAACCAACGCUGUGACCAACAUCCCAAGUGCGGCGUCAAGUCGCCGCUCCAGUCGUUCCUCGAGGAUGGCCUGGUGGGCUUCCUGCCGCAUGACGUGUCCCCCAAGGACACCUGUGUCCAGUGCUCCGGCUGUGACACUACGUCGCCCGGCCUGCCGUGCAAGACGCCCAUGGGCCUCUCCAACAUUACCAGGCUGGCCUCCCGUGCCUCCCGAGGCCGACGCAUCAUGGACGUUCUCGGCGCCUUCUGUGGCGGCGCAUCGUCGCCCCUCACCAGGCUGUGCAGCUUCCUGAGUUGCCUCCUCACUCGCCCGCCACGGACGCCAGAUGAACUAUUCGCUUUUUUCUUCAACUUCAUAUGUGACUGGCGUAGCAGCGGCGAGCACCGGAGGGAGGCCUUCGAGGACGCCGUCGGCGACGCGUGCUUCUGGCAGCGAGGCGUGACACUGGACGUCAGUACAAUCUUCAGCACCAGUGACCAUGGCACUGCCACAAAUAUGCCUCACCUCACCGGCGAUCUCUUCUCACUCGUCGAGUGCAACGGCACUCCUCGCUCCGCUCCGUCACACCCCUGCGGCCCCUACCUCAAGCCACUCGGCCACGACGUACGCGCCACCUUCGCCAAGGAGCACGCCCACCUCUACCUCUCCUGGGUGGUGUACCUGACCGAGACCUUUUACGACAUCCUCUGUGCACUGCUCCAGGACUGCGAGCGCACCUGCGCCGACGCCACGUCCAACUGCCACGCCAACAGCUGCGCCGACCACUGCCCAGCCAAGCGUCUUCCCAUGGCCCCGAGCUCCAAUCACACUGCCGACUGCCUCUCCAUCGCGGACUGCGACUGUACCACGCCCACACUCUUUCGGUACGGCUUCGUGCACAGGGACGUCCACAGCCUCGCCGGCUCCACCAGCGGCCACCCAGCCAAGCGGACCUGCCAGGAUCUCUGCACAGCACUGCAAGUCGCCGUCAAGCAGAUGAACCCUCUCCACAGGCUGGCGCACGAGACCAUCCCCGAGUUCCUCUAUCGCAUCCGUGCGCCCUUCCUCUUCGCCAUCAUCGCACUCUGGUCUAUCGCCACGCUCUACAUCCUCGUCAUACUCCUCUACCGCAUGGACGUCCUGCGCAUCCGCUCCCACCUACUCACCACCAGGGCCUCCCACCUCAUCGACGUCAAGGCGCUGCUCGCCGGCAGCAGGAGAAUGCUCUCGCUCUACAAGGACGUCGAUUACUUCGACGACGACUUUCACUCGUGA